AUGAAAAGCAUUUAUUUUCUCCAUUAUUUUCACUCGCUGGUCUUCAUUCUCCUCCUUUCAAUCAAUACCUUUGUGAUGGCUCCCGGACUCACUCAUGACGGGGAUUAUUCCUCAAGCAACGGCUCCACAAGCUCCAAGCCCACGGUCUAUGUGAUCGAUCAAUUCAACAAAACGGCCAUCGAGCACGCCAAGACGAUUUUCAAUGUCAUCCUUCCUGAAGACAAGGGAUUCGCAGAGUGGCGACAGAAGGCCUCUGCUCUUCUGAUCCGAGGCUCACAUCUGACUGCGGACGACAUCGCCAGCUGCCCCAACCUCGUCGCCAUCGGCAAGCACGGAGUGGGCAUUGACAAGAUCGACCAAGCGGCUUGCGCUAGCCGCGGUAUCAAGAUCUGCAACACCCCUGGCGCGAACGCACGCGAUGUUGCGGAGCUAGUCCUCGCGCUAACUAUGACCGUCGCCCGCGGUAUUCGCUCCAUCACUACUCGCCAAAUGACCAAACCUGUUCCAAAGGAGACAUGCAAUGGCCUUACUCUUUACAAGAAGACUCUUGGAAUUAUCGGCAUGGGGAAUAUUGGUCGUACCGUGGCGGAAAUUUUCCGCGGGGCUUUUGAUGCCGAAGUGGUCGCGUUCGAUGUCUUCAUGCCAGACAAUGCAUGGCCUCACAUCCCACAUGAUCGUGUACAAGACAUUCAAGAAGUCAUCCGAAGGGCUGACGUUCUCUCAAUUCACGUUCCAUUGACCGAAGAAACUCGUGACAUGAUCUCCUACAAGGAAAUCCGGUUGAUGAAACCCCACGCCAUUAUCAUCAACGCCGCUCGAGGUGGAAUUGUGAAUGAGGCAGAUCUCACCAAGGCCCUUGCCGAGGGCCAUCUUUGGGGCGCCGGUCUAGAUUGCCACGAGCAAGAACCUCCUACUUUUGAGAAGUAUGGUGCGUUGUGGGGAAAUUUGAACGUCGUCAGCACACCGCAUAUUGGCGCAGCUACGAUUCGGGCGCAGACUGCGAGCGCGACGGCGGCAGUGAACAAUCUGUACGAUUAUUUGAUGAGCAUUAGCAGUUAG